AUGUCCUCUAGCAAUUCUACAGUUUCUACAAGCUCUAGUAAAUCACGGCAUGAGGUUCACCCCAGUCGGGAGGCAUUGAUCGCUCUCCACGCUCCUAUAAUUACGGUAAAGGACUCAAAAGGCGAAAAAGUAAUCGCUUCCUUUAACCUUAGUACUUCCAGGAAUUUGCUCCUGGAAGGCAAGGUGUAUCAUGACUACAAGUUUCAAGAAAGUAGGUCUUUUUUGGACGAAUACACUUCCUGGGACAAUUUUGAAAAGAAUGACUUUCAUGGGUUCUACGUGCUUUUUUGGAUUGCGGUCAUCAUGUGGAUGACUCAAAUUUUCGUACAGAAUUAUUAUGUGACUGGUCUGCCGGCUGACUUUCGGUUGCUCCGUUCCUAUAGUCGCCCGUACAAGUCAUUGUUUCUUUCAGAUCUCAUUAUGGUCAGUCUCUCUGUGGUUUCUUAUGUAUUACAGCGUCUCAUCGUGAUGGGGAAGUUGCGAUGGGAAGGCACGGGCAAGCGGAUUCAGUAUGUUUGGCAAGGCUUCUACUUGCUUGGUAGCGCAAUCUGGAUGAAGUACAAGCAAUUCGGCAUGGGUCCUGGGCUCUACUUUAUUUUGCAUUGUGCAGUCAUGAUUAUGAAGCAGUAUUCUUACUCGCACCAUCUCGGUUUCAUUAGCGAAGCCGCACGCCUUAGGGAUAAACUACACGAAAAACUUCAUGCAAUUCGUGCAGCUCAGCGGGCAGCCGAAGAACAACACGGGGAGUUGCAAUGCGAAUGCAUUUACAAUAACGACAAACUCGCACGCUCUAUGAGUGUGCAAGCCGUCGAUGAUUUGUUAGUUCUUCAUUGCAAGUACUUGAGCCGACAGUUACGAAGUGAAAGCGGUAACGUUUGUUAUCCUCACAAUGUAACUCUGAAAAACUAUCUUGACUACCUUCUCGUUCCCUCUCUCGUGUACUCGCUUGAAUUUCCACGGGUCAAGACGUUUAGCUGGCGCUAUUUGGCAAUCAAACUUGCCGGCACGUUAGGUAUUAUUGUUGUUAUGUUUGUCAUUGCCGAAAAAUACAUCGAACCUCUCUCUCAAUCUUUAGCCGAUUACACUCUUAAGGAACGGUUCGAGCGCGCCCCAUUAUUUCUCUUUGACUUGUUGUUUCCAUGCAUAGUGCUCUACUUUCUGACCUUCUAUCUGAUUUUUGACUGUAUUCUUAAUGCAUUUGCAGAGAUAACACACUUCGCAGACCGAAGAUUCUACGGUCUGUGGUGGAAUACAGUUACUUGGAACGAGUUUUCCCGUGAAUGGAACAAGCCCGUGCAUGUAUUUCUCCUUCGACACGUCUACCAUUCCUCUCUUGUCUUCGGAACCAUUUCUCGCUCCAACGCCGUGUUUCUCACCUAUCUUGUAUCUGCCCUUGUUCAUGAAUUUGUUAUGUUUCUUACGACGGGGAAGCUCCGCUGCUAUAUUAUGUGCAUGCAACUUCUCCAAAUACCUUUGUAUCAUCUUUCUCAAACGAAGCUACUGAAGAACCGUCGCCUUUUCGGCAACGUGUUUUUUUGGGUAGGUUUAUUUAGUGGCCCUACCUUUUUGUGUAUCCUGUACAUGGUGUUUUAG